AUGGCUUUCAAUGCAAAUGUCGCCCUGAACUUUUGGCCCAAUGAGCAUCAGUAUCCACCUUACCAACACCACCACCAACAAUUACAACAACAACAACAACAACAACAACAACAACAACAACAACAACAACUGCAGCAUGGACACCCAGGUCAACCAUCAUCUUCAUCUUCAGUGUCAAUACCAUCAGCAGAUGGUAAUAAUCCUCAAAACUAUGAUGAUUUUAAUGAACUAAACCAUAGAAAUGUCAAGUUGUUCAACUCUCAAACACAGCCACAACAACAUCACCAACAACAACAGCAGCAACAGGAACCAUCUCAAUCAGAGUUUGAUGCUACAUUUGCUCAGUUUGGAUAUCCUUCUGUAAACCAAGAUUUCUCUUCUCAACAGCCAGACUUUGAUGCUCGCGAGUCAAGUUUGUUUGAUUACCAAAGAGAUGGCCAGAUAUCUUUUCCACACCCUACUGAAACUAAUGACCAGGGAUACCCUAUUGUUGAUUUAGGGCAAUUUUCAGCAUCUUCAGAUUCCUCAUCGCCACUUAAUAUCGGCACCAAUCAAAAUUUAUUAACUCCAAGGCUAUCGGAAAAUUCUGGCAACUAUGAAGUAAAGGCAAAGAAAGAACCGUUGCAACUGCAUCAAGAGUUGCAAGAAUCGCAAUCACAACCUCAGUCACAAUUAAAGCAACAGCAACAACAAAUACAACAACAACAACAACAAAUACAACAACAACAACAACAACAACAGCGUAAACCCAAUAUACCAGCUUCUUCUUCGUCUCAAAAAUCCAAGAAGCAAUUGUUGGAUGAACAAGAUGCUAUAUUAAUAGCCAGGGAUGAUUCCGAGUUGACAGAAGAAGAAUUACAAAUGAAGAGAAAAGCUCAGAAUAGGGCAGCACAAAGAGCAUUUAGAGAACGUAAAGAAUUUAAACUCAAAGAACUCGAAGCAAAGUUGUUGGAAAGUGAAGAAGAACGACUCAAGCUACGCGAGGAAUUGGAAAUUAUUAGAAAGCAAAACCUUUCAAUAUUCACUGAAAAUGAACUCUUGAAAUACUCAGAUAACCCUGGAGCAAUAAUGAAUCAUCUUGCAUCAGCCAAUCAUAAGCAAAAUUAUAAUUAUAAUGACAAUGAUACUAAUAAUAAUAGUAAUAGCAACAAUAGUUUAAAUACAAACGCCUCGCAAACAAAUGCUACUACUUUCCAUUUCCCACAAAACCAAGCAGAGUUUAUAACCCAGCUUACACAGGGCACAUCUCAUUUCAUAAAUACAAAGACAGUUGAUAAAGUAUACGAUGAUACCGAGGGAAAGAAGCUAUUAGCCAUUGGUGCCGUAUGGGAUUAUUUACAAAUCAAAGCUGAAGAAGCCAAUCUUGACUCAAACUCGAUAGAUUUUAACGAAGUGAUGAACAGAUUGAAAGGGCACGAAAAAUGUCAUGGUUAUGGACCUGCAUAUACUUUGGAGAGGGUUAAUCAGGCGAUUCAAGAAAGUAUGGAGUACAUGGACUGA